UGACUUGGUAUAGUCUAUAGACUAUAGUGUACAGGAAAAAUCAAAGAUAGAAACCGAUACUCAACUGGUGACUUAUGAUAUCACUUCCCUUUACACAAAUCUAAGAUUUAGUGAAAUUAUGGACGCUUUGACAGGCAUUUCCUAAGUUGGUGAAAAUGGUGGAUUAAUAAGUUUUUGAUGUUUAUCACAAGCGUGUGAUGCCAGUUGACCAGAUAUCGUACUCAGAAAAAUACUUUGAUGAUAAAUAUGAAUACAGACAUGUUAUACUGCCACCUGAUAUUGCUAAGAAAGUUCCAAAGAAUCAUUUAAUGACAGAAUCUGAAUGGAGGAAUCUUGGUGUACAACAGUCUCCAGGCUGGAUUCAUUACAUGGUUCAUUCUCCAGAACCACAUGUAUUGCUAUUCAGAAGACCUUUACCAAAUUCAACCAGUAUACCAAUGAAUGUUCAAGGAAUAGCUACAGCAGUACAGUAAUUAAUGAAGUUGACGUUGUCAGUCGGAUGAUCGAAGAUGGAGUGUUUAUAACCUGCAAUUUCCAAAGAAUUUAAGAAAACUUGUGCUCAUCACUGGAAAUUUCUUGUGCAAAUAUUAGAGAAAAGUCUAAAGAUGGGUGGUGACUUUUUUCAUUAGCUAUAAUUAGGAAACAAAAAAGAUGUUUUAGCUAGAUUAAUUGUUUUUAGAGGCUAUUGAAUCUGUUCCAUUUGAUCAAAGUCCAAAGGCAGUUUAAAAAUAUCCUGGUACAAAUCCUAGGUUGCUUGUAUUGGUUAGAAAUGACUUCUUGACUAAGGUUCUUAUUGCAGUUGUUAUUACCUUUAACUGCCUAUUCAUACAUUUUUAUUUCAUUUUCUGUAGUGUGAAUUUAAAACUUUUGUAUCCUACUUUUAUAGCAAAGCUCUUGUGCUAAUUGCUUUGUGAUUAAAGUAGACUGCCAGCAGAGUUAUGUUUUUUAUUUAUUGUUUUAAAUCUUUAGACUACUAGGAUAUUGCUGACUACAUAAUAAUACAAAAUAAAGUAAACUGAUUUUCAGUUUUUUGUCCUGGCUGAAUUCAUAGUUUUCUAAUUCAGUAGUCUGCUAAUUUCUUUCAAUAUUAACUGUAAAUAUCAGAGAACUACUUAAUGACAUAUUAAGGUUACCUGAAAGGAUAAGAAAAACUUUUUAAAAGAAACUGGACCUAAAAGAAGCAAAUUGGGAAGAUCAACAAUACUUAAAUUUUUAUGUCGCCUAAUAUUCAUCCAACCAAUGAACAGUAAGAAAACAGUUGUAAAGGUGUUAUAUCCACCAAGACUUAUUUAAUUUUCAUACUUUCCAUUCUUCAUGAAGAUUUCUGGUUAUGCAAUGUACAAGGGUCUGGAUGAGGUUUACAAAACAGAGAAUAAUGGACCAAUACUGCAGAAAUAUUUGCCAAAAGAAUAGAGAAAAAUGGCAUAAAAAAUAAAGAAUACAGAAAUGAAGAACACCCCAUCCAGACCCUCAUGUACAUUGCAUUUGUUAUUGGACCUAACUUGUGUUUAUGAAAAAGACAUCAAUGCAAUUGACUUUAAUUAUUUAAAAAAAAUGAUGUCUGUAAUUAAACUUACUAUAAAGUAAAAAAAACUAAAACCUUGUGCAUUUACUUUUUUAGAUAUUGUGUUUAUUGUUAUAAUGUUAGAGAGUAAGUAACAUUGUUCAUGUCUUCAAUUUUUCAUGACAAAUAAUGAUAUGUAUAAAACUAUUUUGGUAUUUUUAUGAUGUAAUAUUUAAAUUUGUAAUGUUGAAAUAUUUUUUGGAUUAAAUUGCUACAAAUCUUGUUCACCUUUUUUUCAAAAGAAUUGUUACAAAUGUUUGUUCUGGUACAAACAGUGUAUAAGGCCUUGUGUAGUUAUUUCGUGUUCAUGUUAAACGUUGUAUGUUGUUAUACACGUUAUAAGACCUUGUGUAAUGUAAUCAAAUUUGGCUUUUGUUUUCAUUAAUGAUAUGAUUAUUUUCUUCGUAAAUUACCUUGUGUCCUUUUAGUCAUAUUAGUCAUAUUUUUACUAUUUUCCUUUUAGUAAUUUUAAAGAAAACUAUGUUAUUAUAAUGAUUAUUAUUUUAAAAUGAUAAUUUACAUUGUGGUUUUAAGACUUCUUUUUAUGGUUUUACCUACACUGUGUUGCUGGUUAAAAUAUUCAAUGCAAAUGUUCUUGUGACAAAAAGCAAAAACAAAGAAAUAAUAAAAAGAAAUAAAAAAAUUAUACCAAAAUGUCACUUAUCAGAUUUCACUAAAGAAUAAAUUAUUAUUCUUAGAAAUUUCUAUAAAAUGGCCAAGUGACCUUUGUGCAAGUAGCUUGACCAUCCUUUAGAAAAUAGAUACUGAUUUGUCCAUAAUAAGAGUAAAGUAUGAAUUAAUAUUAAAAAAAUCAAACAAAUACAUACUUUCAUGCAUUUUUAUUAUAGACUUUUUUAACAGUGUUAAUUCAAAAACAUUUGAACUCCCUAUGCAUGGCCAUUAGAUUAAAAAAAAUCAUUAUAUUUCUUAUAAUCCUUUUUUGCUUUUUUUAUAUGUAGCUUUAAAAAAAAGGUGAAACUGAAGACAUUUUUUUUGCCUUCUCAUUUUAUUAUUAUUGUAUUAUUACUAACAUAAGAUUGUCUUUUAAAGAUGACGAUAAAAAAAAAAUCAACAGAAAUGUGACCAAAAGUAAAAGGGUUAAGUUAAGAUCACUUCAUCUUUGACUCGACACAUGAAAUUUCAGUUAUUAGCAAAGUUUAGCUUUCAAAGACAGAUAAUUAAUAACUUGUAAAGAAAAUUUAUAUACCUUCCCUGUACUCUUGUAUGCAUUUUUGGGUAAAGAUUGCAUGAAAUGUAAUCAAAACCAUAUGGUACUGAUUUGAUAUCAAUAUUUUCCAAGGUUUAUCAUUACCUUUGAUAGUUCAAACAAAAUAGUGCAGUGAAGUGAUCAUUAUUUAGAUCCUGUCAGUCAAUGUCAUGCAAUUUAUUGAUGAUAUGUUAUACUUUGAUAUUUGAUAUUUAAGUUACAAUAUGAUGUGUAUUUGAAUUACAAUACUUGUCAAGAAAACAUUUUAAUAUUAAAAAUAACAUAAGUAAUGCAUGGUGUAUGAAUCUCUUAUAAAAAUAGGUUCAACUACAAAUGUAAAAUCAUGAACAAAGAAAGAUAGCUCCAUCUAAAAAUUUUAAUUUGCCCAGCAAAAUAUGAUUCAAUGUUUUAUUUAAAAUUCUCAAAAUUGCAAAAUGAAAGCAAUCUUUACUCUUUCAGUGCUCACAAGCACUUUGAUUUAGACUGUACUACUUGAUAUAUACUUUCUGGACAUGCAUGAAAUUUUGCCAUUGUAUUUUUAAGAAACCAACAGCCCUAUUUUAACUGUGAAUUUACUGUCAUAUGAAAUUUACUUUGACACUUGAAUUGAUUUUACUUGCUGAAAAUACAUUUAAGUUAGAAAAGCAAUAAUUUUUGUAUGUUCAUAAAUGAAUCUUCCUUAUUUUGUUAAUGUUUGUAGUUUAUUGAGGUAUACUGAUAAUAAUGAUCUAAAUGUUUAAAAAUUAAUUGCAUUUACAUAACUUGCAGUGUUUCUUCUAUGGAAAAAUUGUUUAUUGUAAAAACGUCAACAUUCAAGUAUUUCCUGUACUAGUGCAUGAUUAAGAGUUUUAAAAAAAUUGUUAAGUUAAUUAGAAAGACAUUCUGAUAUAAAGAUGUUUUUGAAGUUUGAAGGACUUCAGGUUGUGUUAGUUUCAGUAAUUUGUAAAUAGACUGUUAUUUUAUUUCAUUUUAUCUCAUUCAAUAAAGUAAUUUAUUGUUCA